AGCUAAUGACCUGUAAUGUAAUCAAAACCUCACUCACUCAUCAUUCAACUGCUUCUCCGCCGAGUAGCGGGAGAAACGGCUCCAGCAGUGGAACCCAAACUUGUGUCCCUACACGUGUCCCUGUAGUUCCCCUGAAGGAUAACGCAGUUGCUCACUGGAUUUGAAUUCAAAUAAGAUCAUCGCACAUGAAUGCAACACUUGAUGUGUCCACUAGGCAGAAAUAAUGAAACACACCAUUUUAGGAAAAAUUAACACAUUCAUACAAAAUAAUGUAUUUUACCCAAAACUGCGUGGCACUGACGCAAGGUCAACAUGUAGACAGGAGCCACGUGGGUACCAAGGUGGGAAGCACCUGCGCUACUUUUUUGAAAUCACCCAAAUGUAGCCUUACCUGGUAGCGUCAUUUAACCCCCUCCCAACCAGCUCUCCCUAAGCCGUACGACGACCGGGUCGGUACGAGAAGAUGAACCACUAGUACCAGGUGAUGCCAGUAUCUUCACAAGCUUUGACAAUGAGCCCUACGGCCUCUGACGGACACUGCUCAUCACACAUGGUCACAGCCUCUUUACACUGACGAUGCCUAAACCUGCCCCUACUCCUCAAGCUGUUCCACAGCCGACCCCCCAACCGGCUGCUCCAGCACCACAACGUGCAGCUUCUGCAACCGAGUCGGCCCCCCAGUCGGCCCCCCAGUCGGCCCCCCAGUCGGCCCCGCAGUCGGCCCCGCAGUCGGCCCCGCAGUCGGCCCCGCAGUCGGCCUCGCAGUCGGCCCCCUGCUCUGUAGCCCCGCGCCCAGCCACAGAUGACCCCGCCCCGGCUGCUGUCAAAGUAACGGCAGGCCUCGACUCUGCAGCAACCAAACAGUCCGACUCGCCCACAGACUCGGCCCAGACAGCACCGGCGUCAGACCCUUCGGCCCCUCCCACACCGCCUGCCCAACCAGACAAAAAGCCGGAGGACGAACCGUCUGCCCCCGCGGAAGUCUUUUCCACUGCUGCCAGCCUGGUUGAUGAUCUGGGUCUCCUAGAAGAAGCUGCGUCCAUACUGGUGACGGAUCCAGCCUAUGAGAGCCUGGUGUCGGAGAUCAUGUCCAUGGGUUACGAGCGGGAGCACGUAGUCGCCGCACUCAGAGCCAGUUACAACAACCCGGACCGAGCAGUGGAGUACCUGCUCACGGGCAUUCCUGCAGAGGCCAGUGAUCCGCCACCUCAGGAGCCGGUUGGACCCAGUGCUCCACCCGACGCCCCCGCCCCCGCUACGCAAGAACCCCAACAGCCCCCAGUGGCAUCAAACCCAGAGCCAGGGUCCGUCAGCCAGCCUCCCUCCAGCGGGGGGGGCUCAGUCUCUACGGGGAACCCUUUGGAGUUCCUGAGGAACCAGCCUCCGUUCCAGCAAAUGAGACAGAUCAUCCAGCAGAACCCGGCCCUCCUGCCGGCCCUCCUGCAGCAGCUAGGCAGAGACAACCCGCAGCUACUGCAGCAAAUCACGCAGCACCAGGAGCGUUUUGUGCAGAUGCUGAAUGAGCCACGAGCCGGAGACCCGGCGGGGCACGAGGCCGAGUCCGAGGGCCAGGGGUCCCCCCCAGGGACAAACUACAUCCAGGUCACCCCACAGGAGAAGGAAGCCAUCGAGAGGUUAAAAGCGCUUGGCUUCCCUGAGGGCUUAGUCAUCCAGGCCUACUUUGCCUGCGAGAAGAACGAGAAUCUAGCCGCCAACUUCCUGCUACAGCAGACAUGGGACGACGACGAGUAGUCAAGCAUCGGCCGACUGCUGCGUCGCCGUUCACCCGAAGGCCGCAAAGCAGGUGACUACACGAGGUGCACGCCGUGUGACCGUGUACAAUGCUGGGUUUGAAGGACGGCGACGUGCCGCUCAAAGGCUUCCCGGCCGCCUCCCCUCCACACAGCCGGGUGUGAGCCGAGCCGCUGACAUCAUUACCGCCGCCGCUUGUGCCCAGAGAUCCUGUCCUGAAGAGUCCAGGCAGGAAUCACCUUUACAUAAGAAGGCCCAUUCCCGCCCGUAAUGGAAAGUCAGACGGUCUACUUCUAAGAAACAACCAUCAGAAGCGUCAGACAAAAGGUCACAAUUAUAAAAAGUCAUAAUUGAAGUCCAGUCCAAUUCAUUUUAAAAAUGACAUAAUACAAGAUGAAAUAAUCCAAAGGUUGUUUUCCUCUGCUGGCAGAAAUGGGCCUCCAGAUUUACAGGCUUUAGUUUUCAAAGGGGUACACGCACACGCACACGCACACACACUGCCUGUAGAACGUUGAACUUAGACUGUACACAAUGUGUGCGUUCUUGAAUGUAUCUGACUGGUAUAAAUACUUGAUAAAAAUAUGCAUGUUAGGUUCCCCUGAAAAAGUGAUGCAAGCUGAAAGGAUGUCAUUUCAGUUAUUCUGAUUAUUUUGCCAUUGGUAAAAAAAAACGCUCCAAGGCUGGUGGUUGUUUUACGUCUCAGCAACCGUGCGGAUGUGUAUGUGUGUGCUUCCAUCCGUGGUAAGCGACAUCUGCAAGACCUCAAUACAUUGCAGAAUAUUUGAGUCUUUGUCGCCCACUCCUGCCAUAACAAAAGGAAAAAGGAAUGUUCGGAAUGGAAAGAUGUUGAGAUAAUGACCCCUAGUGUUUCUUUUGACUGACUGUCUCGUUUGUUUGGGCUUUGCUAUUAUUUAGAUUUUAGGUGAGGGUCCCCCUGUCAAAAACAUGGUCCACAUUUGGACUAUGGACGGAACAUUUAACAUAGUUUACUACAAUUUUUGAAGCAGAAUUUAAUCCUUUUCAUUUAGUAUAACAGAAAAAGUAUUUUAUUUUCUCACCUCAAGUAUACUUUUUGGUGGUUGUUAUCAACAGGUUAAUUGUUGAUCUUUAAAAAAAAGUAAUGGCAGAAAUGGGCUUUUAGACCCAAAUACCUUCAGAGUUUGGUCAAAAAACCCUUUCACUCUAUUUGGAACAUCCAAUGUCCUUGAUGUGCAUAAAGUGUCCUGUUGUCUACAUAAUGUGUGCUGUGAUGUUUUGUAGGAGAAGAAGUCUCUGCAUGUGAAUUGUCAUCUGUCUGUUUGGUUAUUCUUCACAUACAGGAAAUUGAGGAGUGAUUAUAAGAUGCCACAUAGCGAGCUUUGUGAGGAACCUACACUUGAGAAAAUAAAAUGAAAGUUGUGAUUUCUUAGUACAUCAUUAGCCCCAAUGAUGAACAACAGACAGUCUGUUUGUGUUCCAUUCGUCUCAUGUCAUAUCUGCACCGUGAAGUCGUCCCACUUUGAGGCAUUGCUCAUUUAUGGCUUAUGAUUGUCACCAACUUGAACACUUCAAAAGGAGUUAUAGUUUACAAUGAAGCACAGACCGGAUUGCUUAUCACCAUUACCGUUUUAUUUAUAAUGGUGCUUUCAAGGUAAUUUAAGUGCAUAUAUAUUUUCUAGUUUUUAGUGUGUACUUUGUCUCUUCCUUGACUUCUCUGUCUUGUGUUUGAACUGGAAGUUUUGUAAACACUUUGGGGUGAACAGGAGCACUUUGAUGUUGUACGGGCUUUUCUUUAGCUGUGAGGGCGAUUUGGUUGCAUGCAAUUGUUACACAGCUAUUUAUAGCAUGACAGUGGGUUGUUGUGUUGCCUUAUCUUACCCAUUUAUUUUCUUUGGGAUUUAUUGAAAACCGUACAUUAGGAUUUUAAAUACACUUUAUGGUUUUGCAAAAUUGUUGUGAAAAACUGAGCAUUGUGUAAAAAUAAAUGGCUUUUACUAA